AUGCUCAUAACUCCCUCCACUAUUCUUUCCCAUCAUAUGCAUCAAUCCCUCCCAUCAUGCCUCUCAUCAAUCCCUUCAGUCCCACCGUACCCUCAAAUCCUUCCCAUUUUGUCAUGUCCCCACUCAUCAAUCCCUCCGUCCAUCCUUCCCAUUCAGCCUUCCCGCCAUAUCAUAUCUCCCUCCUCACCAUGCUCACCCACUUCUCCAGCGAUUUGGGCAGCAACGCCAUUAACGGCAGCAUCCCUGAAUCUCUGGGAAACCUCACCAACCUCAUCUCUCUGUACGCACCCACCCACACUACCCGUGUAG